UGCCGGGGGCUCAUGUCGGACGAGUGCGGGCGGACUGCAGCCCUGGCGGCUGGAAGGACUCGGAAAAGUCCCGGGGAAGAAGGACUGGUGAGCCCCGAGGGAGCAGGGGACGAGGACUCGUGCUCCUCCUCGGCCCCGCUGUCCCCUUCGUCCUCACCCCAGUCCAUGGCCUCGGGCUCCGGCUGCCCCCCUGGCAAGUGUGUGUGCAACAGCUGCGGCCUGGAGAUCGUGGACAAAUAUCUUCUCAAGGUGAAUGACUUGUGCUGGCAUGUCCGGUGUCUCUCCUGUAGCGUCUGCAGAACCUCCCUAGGAAGGCACACCAGCUGUUAUAUUAAAGACAAAGACAUUUUCUGCAAACUCGAUUAUUUCAGAAGAUAUGGAACUCGCUGCUCUCGAUGUGGGAGGCACAUCCAUUCUACUGACUGGGUCCGGAGGGCCAAGGGGAAUGUCUAUCACUUGGCGUGCUUUGCCUGCUUUUCUUGCAAAAGGCAACUUUCCACGGGAGAGGAGUUUGCAUUGGUGGAAGAGAAAGUCCUCUGCAGGGUGCAUUAUGACUGCAUGCUGGAUAAUUUAAAAAGAGAAGUGGAGAAUGGUAAUGGGAUUAGUGUGGAAGGUGCCCUCCUCACAGAACAAGAUGUCAAUCAUCCAAAACCAGCAAAAAGAGCUCGGACAAGCUUUACAGCAGAUCAACUCCAGGUCAUGCAAGCACAAUUUGCUCAGGACAACAACCCAGAUGCACAGACCCUCCAGAAACUGGCAGAGAGGACAGGCUUAAGCAGACGUGUAAUACAGGUGUGGUUUCAGAACUGUAGAGCACGCCACAAGAAGCACGUGAGUCCCAAUCACUCUUCCUCUGCCCCAGUAACUGCAGUCCCGCCCUCCAGGCUGUCUCCACCCAUGUUAGAAGAAAUGGCAUAUUCUGCCUAUGUGCCCCAAGAUGGGACGAUGCUAACUGCGCUGCAUAGUUAUAUGGAUGCUCAUUCACCAACAACUCUUGGACUCCAGCCCUUGUUACCCCAUUCAAUGACACAACUGCCAAUAAGUCAUACCUAA